GACCCAUGCCGGCUGGUCUGUUCCUCCGACAACCAGCUACAUCCCGUGAGGAGUGAGCUGGAUAAUACCGUCGGAGGAUACGCGCCUUUGAAGCGUUGUUAAUAGCUCAAUGGCCAGUCCCAUUCUGGCUUGGCCUUCCUUCACAUGUCGGCUACAUGAUUCGACAUGCUUAUAGGCCUAGCUUAUACCGCACUCCGGAAAGACGCUAUGGUCGCUCAUUAUAUAACCCACUGGAAGCGUGUCAGCUGCACGAUACGUUAUUGAGCUGUAUGUCGCCAUCGAGUAUUCGCCUCCGAGGGCGAUCCCAGCGCUUCCGGAUCCCAUCGUCUGCCAAUUGCAUGACACUUUUUCAUGCCAAGUCGAUGCCGAAGAUGGAUACUCUCGGGUACAACGACACUGCUACCUCUUUCCCACCCCCAAAGUCAUAUCUCUCGAGUGAUUGGAUAAGAAGCAGAUCUGUCUAUAAAGGCGCCAUGAGCAUGUCAUAACUUCUAAAGUGGUGCGAAAGCGCAUGGAAUGUCCGUUGAAAUGAUCGUGGGUUUAAGGCGGACAGAACUGAUGCCCUCGCAAAGCCGAAGAGGCUACUGACCAUAUACAUGCCCGAAGCCCUCGAUCACCAGAGGCCUCUGCUGUCUUGUGCUUUCAAAUCCCAGAGAGGUUUCAGACGUGAUACGAGCGAAAGGCCAAUAUAAAAGGAGAUGAUGUCAAGAGGCUGCCGUCAUCAAAGAGGCCAAGGAUAACCAAGGCGAUGAGCCUUGAUCAUGUGAGCUAGCUUCGGUGGACGGACUCACUUUGAACCUCCCCAUAGCUUGAUAUAUACCUAAGCAUGCAUCUGGUGUUCGGCUACAGCACGACAAGGCUCAUGGCUACUCCUAU